UUUUUUUUUUAGAUAAGCCUUACUUAAGUUACCUAAAUGUAAAAAUGGCUAUUUAUAAUCAGAAUAUACACAAGUAUCUUUAGUCUGACUUACCAGUGGAUGCAGUCAUAGACUUUAGGUUAUCCUUACGCAGUUGGCCCAUGAAAGCCCUUGCAAAAUCCACAACAGAGAUGUGUUAACUAUUAGGGAUUCACCCUCAUACUCACACAUCGGCUAGCCAUGUGCUUACACAAGCUAUGUCCCCAAAGCACUUUUUUGUUAAAAUGAUAUAUUAAAACAAUAACUAAAUAAAUAAAAAUAAAUAAUGAAGUUACAGAUUUUAAUAGAACAGUCUCUUGACAAAAACAUGUAAGAGUAAAUAAUUUAGGAUAGUUGUCUGUUUCUUCAUUACCUUAAUUUCGUGCCAUUAACCAUGUAGCAUGGUGAUAUUAGCUGGAUGCAUUUAAUCGGGGGAAGUGCGUGCAGUAGGUAGCGUAAGUAAGAGAUGUAAUGUUUCCGUCAAAGGGGGCUUUCUUCUCUUUUGCGCGUGCCCGGCCAGUGUCCUUGCGCUUUCAAAUGUCAUGCCUCAGUCUAACGUUACAGAAGAGGCCUGGUGCGGUUAUCUCGUGCUGUGAUUUAGGAGUAUGUUUCUAAAAUUAAAGGAGCCAGUUUAGCCAGGACCAGUUUCAAUGGCUGCGUGGUUGCCUAAACACCUACAGUUUUUGUUUAACAUAAAGUAGGGUGAAAUUUACAAUCCCUGUGGCACCCUGGUAGAAAUUCCUCCUUUAUUCCAGCCUGGUUUUAAGAUGGUGUAGCCUGGUUUUAAACGGGUCCAGCUGGAUUUAAGCUGAUUUUGUAGAUGGCCAAACUGGUGGUGAGAUGGUUGAGAUGGCAACCAUGCUGGCAAGACCAUGUCCAGCUGGUGGGUCAGCUUGGUACGGACAACAGACUUUCACCUAAUUCCAGAUGGCAGCAGCAGCUGAUGUUGGUUCCAGCUCGAUUCCAUCACAGGCUGGUACAUGGAAUUUCUACCACGGCAGUCCUUGAGAUUAUAAUGCAAAUUAAAAUAGUUUAAAUAGAUAUAUUGCUAAAUCGUUUAUAAUUCACGUUCAUCCAUGACGAUAUACUGGAACUAUAUACUGCCAAGUAUAGCGAAACACAAUAAAUUAAAUUAGCUACCUGUAACGGAGUGUAAAAAGAUCAGAAAGGUUAGUCUUUAAAUUACCAUUAGUCAAGAGAGCAAGUAUGUACGAUGAGAGAAGGAUAGAAAUAAUAAUGAUUAUUAUUAUUACAGAAGCGCAAAUUUGACUGAGUUCUGACUGGGUUUUUCUUACCAACACGAGCUGGGAACUGUAGGUAAUCGAAUAUUGUGAAAAUAACAAUCUUCUAUAAACGGUUUUACCUUUUGCUAUUGUAUCGAAACCUGACGUCAGAUAUGAGGACGUAUCUUGAAAUAAUUUGCUGGAGUUGUUCUGUUGUCAACAUUUUUGCUUUGGACGUUUAUGCUAUUGAUUACUUAAUAUAUUGAGCUCACUCUGGUUAGUAGCCUACCGUGUACAUGAUUUGACCGGCAAUAAAUAUCUUUUCAAAAAGAGAAAUCUGUUCAAGAAAGGCACAUUAUUCAAAAUAGGAAAGAUGCUGUAAUAAAAUAAAAUUAAAUAAAACAAAAUAGCUUCUCACAUACGCCUAAGCUGUUCACAAUCUGGUUUGUGAAUAGCUUAUUUGGUAGACAUAAUACAAUUACUAUAAUGUCAAAUUAUAAAUAUUGGCUGUGUUUCUGAGAAAUAGUUAUUUUUCAUAUAUUGUCAUAAUAGCCUUUUGGUCUAUUUCUGUGUUAUUAAUGUGUUUUAUGUAUUAGCUCAAAAACUUUUACUAACGCCGUAGUUACAGCAUAAGAGACACAAAUGAAACAAUAUUAAUUUAUAUGUCAGCAAAUUGUACAUAUAAUUUCAAUUUUAAUGACUUAAAAAAGAGCAAAAAAAAAAAAAAAGUUAGUUGACGUAGUCUUUUGCCCCGCCUCUAAAGCCUCGCGACAGGCAGGUGGAACUUCAAGAGCGAGGCUAAAAGAUCAGGUGCUCGACCGCAAGUGUUCAGGCUUGCAUCUUCAGGACUUGUACAGUAUAAAUCUCAGCAACGGAAUUAAUUCGCCACUUUAAACCGGCGGCUAAGGCGCAGGAGUCAUCUUCUGGGACGGAGUAAAGGAAGUUGAACUAAAUUUAAUGGAGGAUUUCUGAAAUUUGGAGAGAAAGGUCUGAGUUGAGGGGGUCAGGAUGAGCUGGGGUGCCCUGUACGCCCAGCUGGGCGGAGUCAACAAGCACUCCACCAGCCUGGGGAAGAUCUGGCUCUCGGUCCUCUUCAUCUUCCGCAUAAUGAUCCUGGUGCUGGCGGCGGAGAGCGUGUGGGGCGACGAGCAGUCCGACUUCACCUGCAACACGCAGCAGCCCGGCUGCAAGAACGUCUGCUACGACCGCUUCUUCCCCGUCUCGCACAUCCGGCUCUGGUGCCUGCAGCUCAUCUUCGUCUCCACGCCGGCGCUGCUGGUGGCCAUGCACGUGGCCUACCGCAAGCGCGAGACCAAGCGGAGCAUCAUCCGCGCCCACGGCGACAAGGUGCACGACGACCUGGAGAGCCUGCGCAACCGGCGGCUGUCCAUCACCGGCCCGCUCUGGUGGACCUACACCUCCAGCCUCUUCUUCCGCCUGGUUUUCGAGGGCGGCUUCAUGUACGUCUUCUACUUCAUCUACGACGGCUUCCAGAUGCCCCGCCUGGUGAAGUGCGAGGAGUGGCCCUGCCCCAACGUGGUGGACUGCUUCAUAUCGCGCCCCACCGAGAAGACCGUCUUCACCAUCUUCAUGGUGGCCUCCUCGGGCAUCUGCAUGGUGCUGAACGUGGCCGAGCUGUCCUACCUGAUUGUCAAGGCGCUGCUGCGCUGCUCCAGCGGCUCCGGGGGCAAGCACGCCUUCCCGGACAACGCCUCCAAGGACAAGGCCUUCCUGCAGAACAAAAGGAACGAGAUGCUGCUGUCCUCCUCGGACUCCUCCAGCAGCAAGGCCGUGUGAGUGCCCUCGGUCCCAUGCUCCCCCUACUGGUGACAGAGGGGACUGCAGUAGGUAGAAGGACACUGCAAUGAACUUGUUCUGAUUUUCAUUCCUCCACUUAAGUGGCCAGGUGUGCAGUUGCUGCAAGGACAUGGUUUCCACGGCUGGUUACAGACCUGAGAACAGUCCCCUUUCCUGUCUCUGCACAAUAUGUGCUGUGCUCUGUUUUGGGAGGGGGGGAGCGGAGGGAGGGGGGGGGGGGGGCGUCUGGAAGAAUUGACAGCCAAUUUGCACCUUGCAUCACUCCACACCUCAUAUCACCGUGAACUUGGUGUGACAUUUUGCUCGCAUUGAACCAAGUCAUGUUCAUACGUGACUGACCAAAGGAGAGUGAGAGUGGGCAUGUGCAAAAAGUUUUCAUUUGGGACAAAUUCACCAGCAUCUCUACUGUACUUUACCACAGUUUACAUUAACCUUGGAGACAGCUCUUACAAUGGACUGAAUGUUAGCAUUGUCUAGCUGACAGUACCUUUAUGUUAUAACUUUCCUAGAAAAGUCCUUAAACAUCUAUAUCAAGACAUGAUCUCACAUUUUACCAACUACAAAUAUUUGAUUGGAUGUCAGAUAGGUAUCUUGCACAUUUACAUCAGAAGACUAGUCUCAGUGUGCAACUCAAUUCAUUUUAAGUUGUUAGCCUGCCAUAUUACUUUUAUGUUACUUGUAUCUCUGAUGUGUCUUGUAUGUAACUCUAUUGAUGAUGCUAGCCUAUCACACAGAGUAGAACUAAUUUUGUCCUCUCCAGGACAGUAUGCACAACAAUAUAGCAAAAACAUAUAGCAACCAAGAUAAUGACAGUCCCACCAUUCUACAAAGAAGAAGCUCUCUCUCUCUCUCUCUCUCUCUCUCUCUCUUUCUCUCACUCUCUCUGACAAAUUACUGAGUUGGGGUCACAAUGAUGACAAUGACCCUUUAAUCUUACUUACACGUGGGAGCAUGUCUGUGUUUCAACACAGAAAGGUCACAAAAUGUGAAAGCCUGAGAAUGUGACAGUUUGGGAACUGCAAAUUCAAAUCCCGACUGGGGUGAUGCUGCCGUUCCUCAGAGUGAAGUGUCCGGCUGAUUUAAGGCUUAAUGUUACAAUGGUAUGAUAUGGUACGAUAUGUAAAUAUCAGAAGAGAGGGGCUCCUGGUUAGCUAAUGAAGCAAUGCCAGUGUAAGGGAAAUUCUGACCACUGAUCACAAUGAGUGCCUUUUCUUCGUACCUGAUAAUGAUAUGAAUCACUCAGCACACACCAGCUGGGCUAGACAGGGAGGGAUUUAUUUAGAAAACUAAAUUCGGAGAUGAUUAGAUAGAAUGACUGGGACAGCCAUAUUUGUCAUUUGGCCAAGACACUGGGGAACCCCCUACCUUUUGUGAAAAGUGCGCAGCUGGUUUGGGCGUCCUCUUUGAGGUCAUCCAGUGGCUUAAUUUUUUUUAGUUUUUUUAGUUUUGCUUUUACAUUCAGAUACUUGAUUUGAUGAUGGUAGGGAUGAGAACAGC